AAACAGUCAGUGGUUGGUCAUAUGGGAAAAGUUAACCCUUUCCUAAAAGCAGGGGGCGGUAGUGCGCACGACGCUGCUGGUUAGCUGCGACCAUUGGAGGAGAGAAGAAGAAGAGUGUUUGAUAACAUGCAUGUUGUGCAAUAAGCGUGCAGAUACCCGACAAACUCUCUCGUUGUGACCAAUGCAAGUCUUUUAAAAAGACGCGUGUCUUCGACGGGGUCCAUUGCCUCUGGUGGAGCAGCUUAAUUGACUCCCAACAAAAUGCCUGAGGGACCAGAGCUCCACCUGGCCAGCCUCUACGUGAACAAAAUGUGCGCAGGAGUGGUGUUCACCGGACCCGUCCGAAAGUCCGAGGUCAGCAAGAGUCCCGAUGUGCCCUUCGCCUGCGAGGCCUACCUCGUUACUGCGGCUUCCAGAGGGAAGGAAGUGAAGCUCACGCUGACGCCCAUGAAGAGUGAUGAUUCAAAAAAGGGCGUGAAGGAAGGACACGCAGACCAGCCCAUGGACGUAGUCUUUCGCUUUGGGAUGUCAGGUUAUUUCCGCUUCACCGCAGAGGAUGAGCUGCCCAAACAUGCCCAUCUGCGUUUCCAUUCCAGAGAGACGCCCAGCAGAGUGCUGAGCUUUGUGGAUGCACGCAGGUUUGGCAGCUGGCAGCCCAACGGGACGUGGCAGCCUGAUCGAGGGCCUUGCGUCAUGUUCGAGUACGGACGCUUCAGGGAAAAGAUCGCGUCGCACCUGUCCGACCAUGCCUUUGAUAAGCCCAUCUGUGAAGUUCUGCUCAAUCAGAAGUACUUCAACGGCAUCGGGAACUACCUGAGGGCUGAAAUUCUUUUUAGGUUGAACAUCCCGCCCUUUGUGUCCGCCAGGACCGUUUUAGAAGAUGUUUUUGACAAGAAGGCGGCUGUGCAAGAUGAUCUCACUGACACAAAGACCUCGGAUGGAACUAAACAGAAACUGGAAGUGACGAGGGAGACGGGAGACCUGCUCCGCCUGUGUCAUACAGUCCCUCUAGAGGUGGUGAACCUCGGUGGGAAGGGCUACGAUCCCCAGAAGUCGGACUAUUCUGGCUUUAAGGCGUGGCUGCAGUGUUACUACGUGGAUGGAAUGAAGUCUAUACGGGACCACAACGGCAGAACUAUGUGGUUCAAAGGAGAUCCAGGCCCCAUGGCGCCCAAAGAUUCAAAGGCUCCAAAGACCAAAAAGAGAGCCAAGAAAGAAGAUGACCACGAUUACACAGAAAAGAAAAAGGUGGCGAACAGUCGCUCUGUACGCUCAAAGAAGACUGUGACCAAAACGCCAAAGAAAGAAAAGGAUUCCGGUUCAGCAGAUCCCGUAUGCCGAAAGGUAAAAGCACCACAACUUGGAAAGGGAUCAGCUGCACGUAAGAGGAAAACCAGCAGCGCCGAGUCAGCUGCAGGUCCACAGAGACGGAGCGAGAGAGUAACCAGGCAGAACAGCAAAUAAAAAAUAAAAAGGAGGCACCACUGAAUGGGACGGAUGUUUUUAUACUGCCAAAUAGUUUAAUAAAGUGUUUAUACAUAAAA